AGGGGCGCGCUCCGGUGGUCUCAGCCUUGGCAGGAUCGCGCUGCCAGGCGUGUCGAUCAGCGGGCAGAUAACAGAUGUCGUAACUUGUCAGAUGAGAAAACGAGGCGGUGGUGUAGGCGGUGGUGCUGGCUUAGGUGCUGGCUUUGGAAUUCUAGUUCAUGGUAGAAGUGUCUCUCUUCACUACUUCGUCUACUUCUACUAUGCCUCACAUCCCUUCCCCUCCUGCCCCUCGCUGGACCAUCGCCUGGCCUGGCCUGGCCUGUCUGGCUGGCUGGCUGGCUGGCUAUCAAUCUUCUGCCAAUCCAGCGCCAGCCCCCUUUUUGGCUCUAGCUCGGCCAGGCCCCCCUCGCUAAGUGAGCUGCGAGCUGCGGCUUUUCUCACCACUACUGCACCAAUCUCUCCCGACUGGGCCAACCGCCUAUCGAAGAACGCCGCCGCCGCCGCCGCCGCCGGGUCCACACACGUUUCCCCAACACCAGAGGCAGAUCAGAUCAGAUCAGAGCCGGGGGCCUCGUGCUGUGUGAAAGUCCUCUCUCUCUGCCUGCGGUGUCUGUCUGUCAGUCGUCGACCAGUAGCAGCAGAAGGCACUCCCACGACCAGGUCAAUCCUCUCGCCCCGGUCUCUCUUCAUCCAUAUCGCCCCCAGGCCAGAUCUCUCUUCAUCGCCCUUCGAACAUCGAGAUUGAGUAGAGUGAGUGAGUGAGUCGAGUCAGCGUCCGUGGCCCGCCAUUGAAACGCCAAAACCCAAACCUCCAAGCACAAGCACAAGCACAAGCACAGGCAAGCACAAGCAAGCACAAGCAAGCACAAGCACCUCCUCCCCCAACAUUCCGCACCGCCUCUCCUCCACCAACCGCCCCUCCUUGGAGCCUUCUCCUGAACGCGGUAUCGAGCAAUCAAUCCUGUCCUUCCCGCUCCCCGCAGGCUGCUCUUCUCCUCGGCCCCCCCCCCCCCUCUCCACUCUUCACUGCACCGCAUUGCACUCAACUCCUUCCUUUCCCAUAUUCGCCG